AUGACUUUAUUUAGUCCAAAUAUUAGUAAUAUAAGUUUGGAAACGGAAUUGGCCGAGAAUCUGCCCCGGGAUGAGCGCUUGGCUCGAGUUGAAAUAACCCUUUUAAGCGUAAUAUUUUUCAGUGGAGCAAUCUUAAAUUUUGGACUGCUAUUUGUGCUGUGGAAGCGGAGGAAGCAGCUCUCGAGGAUGCGCGUCUUUGUUUUUCACCUUUGCCUGGCAGACCUGGUUGUCACAUUUUUCCAAGUUUGUCCGCAGCUGAUGUGGGAUGUAACGGACAGAUUCUUUGGUCCUGACGUUUUGUGCCGCCUGGUGAAAUACCUGCAGGUCGUUGGCAUGUUUGCCUCCACUUACAUGAUUGUAGUGAUGACCAUUGAUCGCUACCAAGCAAUCUGUAAUCCAAUGGUUACUUUCCAGAGGCGGAGAGCGCGCUGGAACGUGCCCGUGUGCGUUGCUUGGUCUGUAUCCCUCAUCGGGAGUCUCCCUCAAGUGUUCAUUUUCUCCCGAGUUCAAAUCGCGCCUGGUGUCUAUGACUGCUGGGCUGACUUCAUCAAACCGUGGGGGCUAAAAGCUUACGUGACCUGGACCACUCUAGUGAUAUUUGUCUUGCCCAUCUUAACUGUUAUCGUGUGCCAGGUGCGUAUUUGCCGAGCUGUUCAAAUCAACUUUCACAUGAAAACUCAUCAAGUAUCGACAUUUCUCGCCAAACCGCUGCCCUCCAGGGCAAGUAGCGUUGCUGGGAUGUCCAAAGCCAGGAUCAAGACCGUAAAGAUGACUUUGGUCAUUGUUCUUGCCUACAUUAUCUGUUGGACUCCUUUCUUCACUGUCCAGCUGUGGUCCGUCUGGGAUGUUCAAGCACCCACUGAGACUGCAUCUUUCACCAUCCUGAUGCUCCUGGCGAGUCUGAACAGCUGUGCAAACCCCUGCAUCUACCUGCUCUUCAGUGGGAAGCGCCCCAAGAUACGUAUGGCUUUGGUGUGUGUUAGCCAGUCGGACAUGAAUGACUCCAUACAAGAGGACGCCACUGUGGUUAGCUCGCGGUACAGUUCCAAGAGCCUUUCUAACUCCAGAUGAAACAAGUUACCCAGAGCUCAGUCUGGCUCAGGGGUGGGAAACUCCAGUCCUCAGGGGCCUGAUUGGUGUCGCACUUGUUCUCCAUCCCUAGCAAACACAGUGAUUAAUGCUGAUAGAGCUUGGUGUAUAUAGAUGUAAAGAGCAUAUAUUAAAUAUUCAGCUCACUAAGCAUAGCUGCGGGAAGUAGUGGUGCUGCAGCACCCCCUGAAAAAUCAGAAUACCUUUUGAAUAAUUUUGAGAAUAAGAAAUUCACACACACUGGGCCUUUUACGAGUCCUGUAUUAGCUGACCAAUAUAGCUUUCUGUAA